CGUAGCAAAAUUUCAAAAUUCGAAACAAUUGAAAAAAAUUACGUUACAAUGUAGUAAUUCAACAAUACAAUCAUGUGGCCGAUGCAACCGCUGUCCGUUGUCGAAAACAAUUAUUUAGCCGCUGGGCAAUGGACACUGCUAGACAGGCGGGCAAUGCACUUAUUGUGUUGUCUGGUCAGGGCGUUUUCGUCUAUUUUCAACUGAUAAGAGUCAAUCAUAAUACACACAAAUGAUAAGCGCGUAUAUUGCGGCCGACUGAGUUUGUUGUUGCUACACAUUGAACCAUAGAAGGGUGAGCACGGGAAUGACGACUGCGUCUAGAUUGCUUAUCAAAAAGCAUUUGGUUUAUUUGCCGAUGGGGAUUGGCUGACAAAACAGUUGCUACUCCGACGGUGUAAAGUGCAGUCGCUCUUCGAAACAAUAAAAAAAAUGGCUGCUAUUGGAAAAAUUGGAUUCCUUGGCGGUGGCAACAUGGCCAAGGCGCUGGCCAAAGGCUUUAUUGCAGCAGGGCUAACGAAACCCAGCGGCGUUAUUGCCAGCGUUCAUCCCGCUGACAAGAUAUCACAGCAAUCUUUCCAAGGACUGGGCAUUGAAACGCUCGUGGAGAAUGCACCCGUUGUGGAACAAUCGAAGAUUGUUUUCAUCUCCGUCAAGCCUCAAGUGGUGCCCCAAGUUCUCUCCGAGAUCAAAGACCUUAGCGCCAAUAAGCUUUUCCUCUCAGUGGCCAUGGGAAUCACAUUGAAAACACUGGAGUCCAGUUUAUCUGCCGACUCGCGAGUUAUACGCGUCAUGCCAAAUACGCCUGCGCUUGUCUGCUCCGGCUGUUCUGUGUUUGUGCGCGGCAAGCUGGCCAAUGAUGCAGAUGCUCAGAUCACAAAGCGCUUACUGGAAGCCGUUGGCACCUGCGAGCAGGUCGAUGAAUCCCAGUUGGAUAUUGUUACAGCGCUAAGUGGCAGUGGUCCUGCCUAUGUUUUUGUGAUGAUCGAAGCCUUGGCUGAUGGCGCUGUGCGCAUGGGAAUGCCCAGGGAUAUGGCGUAUCGUUUGGCAGCACAAACAGUGCUUGGAUCCGGGCAUAUGGUGCGUGAGUGCAACACGCAUCCGGGGCAGCUGAAAGAUAAUGUCACAAGUCCAGCUGGUUCAACAGCAGCGGCUCUAAAACACCUUGAGCAAUCGGGCUUUCGGGCGGCGGUUGCCGGUGCGGUGGAAGCGGCAACGUUGCGCUGUCGCGAGAUUUCCAGCAAGCCGACAUAGACACAGACAAUCUAUAUAUAUAUGUACACAUACGUUUGCUUUAUAUUAAUAAUAAUAAUUACACUUAUCAACAUGAGUUCAAAAACA